CCGGUCUUCUGGCCUCUGGGUAAUAAAGCUAAAGAUAGAAACUUUUCCUACUUUUCAAACUUGCCUGUGCCCCCUCAGAAUUUGUGAGAAAACGCAGCCAGCAUCUUCUGGAAGAUGAGGAGGGCAGUAAGAUUCCAGAGCCACCUUCCGGCUGACAUUUGAGCCCUGCUUUCAGCACGGUCAAGCCUUUUGGAGGCAGUGUAUGGCUUGUAUCAAACUCUAUAUUUAGGAAGAACAACUGUGAACUAUGACAGGAAUUCUCUUUAACACUUAUCCUUAAACUGAGUUCCCCUCCAGCCCCGAGCCGGGAGCAGCUCUCAGUACCGGGUGAAGCACAGAUCGCUUGAGCUAUUUCAGCCACAUGAAAAGCAUCGGAACCGAGAUCACAGCUCAGAGGACACCCGGCGUCCCUUCCACUCUCUGAGGAGACUUGUAUCCUUGUACCUGGCUGCCUGGGACUUUCCUCAGGCAGGAAACAAGUACAUAAAGCAGGGAUAAGACCGCAUCAAUAUGUCGAAACAGCCAGUUUCCAAUGUCAGAGCCAUCCAGGCAAAUAUCAAUAUCCCAAUGGGAGCCUUUCGGCCAGGAGCUGGGCAACCCCCCAGAAGAAAAGAAUGUACUCCGGAAAUGGAGGAGGGUGCUCCUCCCGCUUCGGAGGAGGAGAAGAAGCCAAUUCCAGGAGCUAAGAAACUUCCAGGACCUGCGGUCAACCUAUCGGAGAUCCAGAACAUUAAAAGUGAACUGAAGUAUGUCCCCAAAGCUGAACAGUAGUUGGAAGAAAAAAACUUGAUGUGAAGAAUUGAAGAGUAAGAGAAUGGAUUCAAACAAAAAUGGCUCACUAAAAAGUUUUAUAUAUUUGUAUGAAGAUUAUGUACCUCCUGAAUGCCUAAGACUCUAGCAGAAAUGUCCUGUUUGUACAUUUAUAUCUCUUCCUUCUAGCUGGCUGCACUACUUACUUUAUCUUCACAUUUGGCAACUUGCAGAGCAAAUCGGCUCCAGAAUUUACCACUUGGAGGGUGUGGUUUUGAGAAGGGAUAUGAUUUUAUGGAGAAGGAUACAAUGAUAUGCAUAACAGUGAUUUUGAUGGAAAGUUCUCUAAGCUACUUCCCACACUAUUUUAGUCAAUAUUUGGAAUGUAUUUGAGUUCUUCACCUUCUAAAUUAUAUCAAUAAACUUUUUAUG